AUGUCUUCAUCAACAUCCUUUUUUGAUUUUGAAUCAUCCUCAUCUGAAGAUGAAACUGUCACUUCACUCAAGGUUAAUAUUUCUAGAGAAGAUUCAAUAAAUAAUUUACCAAUAAAUGGAGGACAGGAAAAAGAAAAUACUUCUAUAGACAAUAAUGAUAACCUUAGUAAAAAUUCUUCAAUUCAUGAAAUACCACAAAUUGAUAAUAAAAUAGUAAAAACAAAUAUGUUUAAGAAAAAUUUUAUUGAGGAAAAAUUUAAUAAUCAGCUAUUAAAAUAUUUUAUUGAAAUGCCUAAUAUUACUACUACAACAACUACCACAACGACAACUUCUUCUAUUAAUAAUAAUAAGAAUACAAUAAUAUCAACAUAUGAAGGUAAAUCAAAAUCUACAAAUGUACUUUCAAUAUUAUCACAACCUGAUGAUAUAGAAAAGAUGGUUUUAUCAAAUAAUGAUAUAAUAAAAAAUAAUAAGAAAAAUUUGUCUAUUCCUCUUCUUCCUGGAAGUAAUGGUGAAUCAUUUAUUGAGGACUCUAUAAUUGAAAAAGAAUGUCAUUCUAAUAGUAGAAGAUUACAAAUUUAUAAUUGUUAUGAAAUUGCUAGUGCCAUGAAUUUAAAUGAUUAUAAUAAAAAGAAUGGUUUCCAUCUUCCAAUAGGAAGUAAUAAAAUUAAAGCUGAAGAAGUUAAAGAAUGUAAAAAGAAUGAAAAUAAGAAUAUUUAUUCAAAAUUAGACAAUAUUAUAAGUGGUUUCAAUAUGAAUAAAAUGCUAACACAAUCAUUAUUUCUCCCUACUUCUAAAGAUGGUUUUAGUUUAAAUGAUCUAACAGAAAAAAAUUUAUUACCAAAUAAAGAUUAUAUAAAAAAUCAAAAUAAUAUACAUAUUAAUUGUAAAAAAGGGGAAUAUUUUUUAAAAAAUAGUAGAUAUCUUGGUAAUCUUGAAAGGGCAGGUUUAACAUUAUGUCAGGAGAAGUAUAAUCCAAUAUAUUCUCCAUUUGUAUUUACAUCAACACAAGAUGAUACCUAUACAUUAUCACCUUUAAUUGAAUUGGAAAAACAAAUAAAAAUAUUGGAAAAUAAUUCAUUUAAUGGAUGUGUUGAAACUUUUAAUAAUUCAAAUGAUGACUUAUCAUUUUUCCCACCUACUUCCGGAACACAGGAGAUGCCAGGACCAACAUCCUAUCAUAGAGAUGGAACAAAAUUUUAUUCUUCUUUAACAAAUCUUGAAUUUUAUAAGAAUAAUAGUAACAAUAAUCAUUAUGAUGGUGAGAGAGGAAAUUUAAAUAAAAGAAAUCUUGGAAAUUCUUUAUCAGGAAGUUAUAUUGCCAAACUAACAAGAACUAGUGAUUUACAUUUAGGAUUAGGAAUUACAGGUGGUGCUGAUCGUGCAUUAUCACCAAUUAUUAGUUAUAUAAGACCUGGUUUUGUGGCACAUCGUUCUGACCAAUUAAGAGUUGGUGAAAAACUUUUAGCUGUUGAUGGAAAAGAAGUUAAUGAUUUAACACAUGGUGAAAUAUUAACACUUAUAAGAACUUGUGGUGAUACAAUUAUGUUAGAAAUAUCAUAUGAUUUAAAUGAUCCUAUUUUUGAAAGAAAUCCUAAUGCAUUAAAUAAAUGUACUGAAAUAUCAUUAACUAAAGAAAGUAAUAGUUUUGGUUUAACAUUACGUGGUGGUUCAUAUGGACCUGAUCCUAAGAAAGCUAGACCAAUUACAAUUGUUGCUGUUAGACCUGGAUCAUCAGCUCAUAUUCAUGGAAGAUUAUUUGUUCGUGAUAGAAUAUUAAGUGUUAAUGGUAUUGAUGUAUUUAGUUGUAAUUUACAUACUGCCUACAAAAUAUUACAGGAAUCUGGAGAUAAUGUGACAUUGACUAUUGAGUAUGAUGUUACUAUAUGUGAAUCACGUAAAUAUGCUACUGGACCAAUGUUUGUAGAUUUAAAUAAAAAUUCCUGUUGUGCCGACCUUGGAAUUAAACUUGCAAUUUGUACAGAAGAAGAAUAUGAACGGCAUAUUUAUGGAAAUACUUAUAGUAUUCUUAUGGCAAGUGAUAAAAAUUCCCCAUUAUCUCCUACAGUAAAAAAAAAAGGUACGAAAACUGAAAAUAACAACAAUUCAUCAUCAACUAGUUUAAAUUCAAUGAAACGAAAAUUAAUUUUUAUAAAAGAAAUAAUUCCUGCUUCUAUUGCAGAUAGGUCUGGUGCAUUGGAGGUUGGAGAUCGAAUUUUGGCUAUAGAUGAUAUUCAGUUAGAACAUACAACAUUAGCUGAAGCAGAACAAUUAUUAAAAGGGCAAGGAGAAACAAUAAGGAUAACUUUUAUUCCUAACCAUUUGUUACUUAAAAAUAAAAAAGAUACUAAAAGGAUGUUUACUAAAAAAAAAGAAAAUGACUAUUCUGAUAAUAAUAGUUUUCUAUUAAAAAGUAGACAUUCAUUUUAUCAACGUUCUGCUAAAUCAAAAAAGAAAAUGAAUAAUAAUAUUAAUGAAUUUCAAAAAAAUACUCUAACAACAUCUAUUCCAUCUAAUUCUUCUAUUAUUGGUGAAGCAAGAAUUGUUCCAAUAAAUAAUUUUGGUAAUUUAUCAUAUUCAUCAAAAGAUAUUUAUAAUGAAACAAAUAUUAAACCACAAUUAAAAUUUGUUUCAUCAAGUGAUUUGAUGGAAAAUAAUAAAAUGUAUCAUGGAAAUGGUAGAAUUUCAUUAAGAGAUUCUCAAGCACAAAUAAAUAAUAGUACUAGUAGAGCUAAAUCAUUCGAUAGAUCAUAUUUAAUAACUAAUCCAUCAUUAUAUGAUCAAUCAUAUAAUAAUAAUAAUAAUAAUUUUAAAGCAACAAAAUUAUCAAUAAAUAAUAGAAUAGCUGGUAUAGCAACAGUUAGUUCAAUAAAUGGAUGUUUUUCUGGUAUACCAACAACAAAAGUAUGUCACGUAGAAACACAAAAAGUAACAUUAAUAGCACCACUUGCUUCAACAGCUUUAUAUAAAGGUUAUGGUAUAUCAUUACAUAAAUAUGAUAUGGAGACAUCUUUUACUGAUGAUCAAACAGGAAUUGGUGAACAUUUAGGUGCUAUAUAUAUAUCAAAUAUUGAAAAAAAUUCACCUGCUGAUAAAUGUGAACGUCUACAAAUAGGUGAUAGAGUUUUAGCAAUAAAUGAUUGGUAUACUAUGAAUGGAACAAUUGAAGAAGCAAAUCAUAUUAUUAAAAAUACUAAAGGUUCAAUUACAUUAUUAGUUGAAUUUGAUGUUAUUGAAUCUCCAUUAUCAUUAUCAGGAAUGUUAUCAGUUAAAUUAACUAAAAGAGGUAAUGGUGUUGGUAUUAUAUGUAAAACAAGAGAUGAAUAUGAUGGAAAAAAAGGUGAACCACUCAUUGUUGAUGAUAUAGUUCAAGGAUCUCCAGCAUAUAGAUGUGGUUCUAUACAUAUUGGUGAUAGAAUUGUAUCAAUUGAUGAUAUACCAUUAAGUACAUGUACUGUUUCUGAAGGUAUACGUCUUUUACAUAGAUGUGGUGAUGUUAUACAUUUAUUAAUACAAAAAAAUCAUCAUAUUAAUGAUAAACAAAAGCAAGAAAAUAAUUGUAGAUAUAUUUAUGAUAUUGCAUUAAAUAGAAGAGGUAAUCCACUUGGUAUAACAAUUGCUAGUAAUGGAGAAACUGGUGAACCAAUUGUUAUAACACAAAUUGCAAGAGGUGGUGUUGCUGAAGUUACAAAUACAUUACAUCCUGGUGAUCAAAUAAUAGCUAUAAAUGGAGAAUCUGUUGAAGGUAUGAAUGUACGUAAUGCAAUGAGAAUAUUACAAUUAUCAAAAGAAACAGUUCACUUAAGAAUUGUUAGUAAGCAUCCAAAACAUGCUGUUAACGUUCAACUUGUUGAUAAACAGAAUUUUAAUUAUUCUAAUAAUAAUAAUAAUAAUAAUAAUAAUUGUGUUAUAUCUUCAUUAUCUGGAGGAGAAGAUCCUACUUCACUUAUGUAUACAUCAUUACCACCAACAUCAUUAUCUAACUAUACUAAUUAUUUAAGUAAUUCACAAGGAGGGACAUCUCAUAAUGAUACUGGUAGUGAAAGAAGUGAUAAAGUUGGUACACCAAUACAAAGUAUAGAUUCAGCAGUUGAAAGUCUUGAUGACAGUCCAGAUAGUAAUGGAAAAAGAGUUAAUAAUACUAAUUAUUCUUCACAGCAUCAUAAUGAUAAUGGUUAUACAUCAAAUAAACUACAACUUCAAUCUUUGUCAUCUGUUCUUAAUAAUUCAACAGUUGUUAAUAAUAAAAAAGAUACAAUUGAAUAUGAUGGUAGUCAAAUUCCACCAAUGUUAAAUUUAGAUGCUAAAAGGCAAAGUUCAUAUAUGAGAAAAUUAUACAAUACAAAUGAGGAUAUAAUAAUAAAAACACCAAUAUCAUUACCCGAUAAUACACCAAAAAAAGAAUGUUGUAAUUGUAGUGAGAAAAAAAAGAAUACACAAAAGGCAGAUAAAAAUAAUCCUUAUUGGAUGGAUAUAUUAGAAGCUCUUGAGACAUCUGGUGAAGAAGAAAUGUUAAAAAAAUUAGAAGAAACAAUAUUAUCAGGAAAUAUUGAUGAACCUGAUAAAAAUUAUCAAAAUAAUAUAUAUGUGGCAAAGCAAAAUACAAAUUGUAUAACUACAAAUAAUUCUAUUACUUCAAUAAAUCAACCCAUAGGAAUAUUAAAAAAACCUCAUAUUAAACGUGAUAAUAAUACUAGUAAUUAUGGGAUAACUACAACUUAUUCAUCACAACAUUCUCCAUCUUCUUCUUCUAAUAAUUCACAUGAAAAAACACCAAUACCUAAUUUAGGAUUAGUUAAUUUAUGUGAUGAAAUUUCAUGUUAUAGCAAACAACAAGAUACCUCAAAAAAUUUAGUUUUUAAAAGUUCAGAACUUGUUCAAACAACUAUUCACAAUAUACGUUUAGAAAGAGAUCCAAUAUCAAAUAGUUUUGGAUUUUCUGUUAGUGAUGGUGUUGGUGAAAAUCCUGGUAUUUUUGUUAGUCAAAUAAAAAAAGGAUCUCCUGCUGAUGCUCCAGGUGCUUUAAAACCAUUUGACAAAAUAAUUAAAAUUAAUAAUUCACAUGUUGGGUAUCUUGACUGUGAUUUAGCAUUACCACUCUUAGCCAUGGAAGUUUUGGAGUUAGUUAUUCAAAGAGAUACACCUGUUGAACAUUGUGAUGAUGAAUCAUGUAAAUCACCUAUUAGUUGUAUCAAAGAUUCAUCUGUCUAA